AUGAAGCAGAUGGAGAACAGAAACAACGUGACGGAGUUUGUUCUCUUGGGGCUCACACAGAACCCCAAAAUGCAGAAAAUCAUAUUUGUUGUCUUCUUGGCCAUCUAUAUCGUCUCUGUGGUGGGAAAUCUGCUCAUUCUGGUGACCAUCACCCACAGCAGAUUGUUGGAUUCCCCUAUGUACUUCUUCCUAGCCCAUCUCUCCUUUAUUGAUGCCUGUUACUCCUCAGUCAAUAACCCUAAAUUGAUUGCUGAUUCACUCCAUGAGAGGAAGCUCAUCUUAUUCGAUGGAUGUAUAACACAAAUCUUUGGGGAACAUUUCUUUGGAGGUGCUGAUGUCAUCCUGCUAACAGUGAUGGCCUAUGACCGCUAUGUGGCCAUCUGCAAGCCCUUGCACUAUGCAACCAUCAUGAACCGAGGACUGUGUAAACUGCUAGUGGGAGUCUCAUGGGCGGGAGGCUUUCUUCAUGGGAUCAUACAGAUCCUCUUCAUUAUUGGUCUACCCUUCUGUGGCCCUAAUGUCAUCAAUCACUUCAUGUGUGAUCUGAACCCUUUGCUUGAUCUUGCCUGCACUGAUACCCACACUCUGGGAAUCUUUGUUGCUGCCAAUAGUGGGUUCAUCUGUCUGUUAAACUUCCUCCUUCUUCUGGGCUCCUAUAUAGUCAUCCUGCGCUCCCUAAGAAACCACAGUGCAGAGGGAAGACAAAAAGCCCUCUCCACAUGUAUCUCCCACAUCACAGCAGUUGUUGUAUUCUUUGUUCCCUGCAUAUUUGUGUACAUGAGACCUGCAACUACAUUACCCAUUGACAAGGCAGUUGCUGUAUUUUACACUAUGAUAACUCCCAUGUUAAACCCAUUAAUCUAUACUUUGAGAAAUGCUGAAAUGAAAAAUACUAUUAGGAAAUUGUUUAGUAUUAAAGUUCAUUCAGAGGACAAGUAA